AAACGAAAGGUCAGACAAUCGACACAAUCGGUGCUCACCGUACGGGUGCCCAAGACAUGUGUGGGCGCUGUCAUCGGCAGAGGCGGCGAACAUAUCAAACAGAUCCAGUCGGACACCAAUACGAAGAUUCAAUUCGAUGACCAAAACGGCGGUUCAGGAGAUAAUGGGGUUCAAGAGAGUCGGGUUUUGGUGAUUAGGGGAUCGCCUGAGAGUACCAUAAAGGCUGAGACUAUGAUCAAUGAGAUUAUAAGACACCAGUCGUUGGUUACGACCAAAACAUUCAACGUUGAGACCACUUCUGUGGGCGCUAUCAUCGGCCGCAACGGACAGACCAUUAGGGGUCUUUGUGACAAAUCUGGAGCUAAGAUAAAAGUGGAUCCAAAGAGCAAAAAGACAAAUGCGAUCAUGACUUCUGUAACAAUCAUCGGAACUGAUGAACAGAUCCAAGAAGCGGUUCUACUCAUCAACAGAGAGAUCACUCAAAACGACAAAUUCCUGCACAACAGACACCAAAACAGUGCACAAAAACAAAUCCCAAAUUACAAAGUGUUGGCCAUUGAAGGCGAAGCCAAGGAUGGGUCACUAGAUUUAGACAAUUAUUAUGCAAAACUGGAACCAAUCAAUGAAUACCAAUUGGUCCAAGUGUUUGUCUCAUCCGUCAAGAGUCCGGACCAGUUCUACGUACAGAUCGCCGGUUUGGGCGCUCAAGAGUUGGACCACUUUAUGGAAGAGUCGACUGAUUUCUACGAGAAUGACGACAAUAGGAUCAGCUUUAAGCCGUUGUCUGUGAAGGUGGGCGACAUUGUGGCCGUUCCCUACGCUGGU